AUGUCCUCUGUACCCGAGUUCAACCCUCAGCACGAGGAAGAUCAUCAACUGCUCGGAUCGGAACGUAAUCCCAUAACGGACGCUACGUUGACAAUACGAAUUAUAAAAUCUUUCGAAUUUAGGACGCAGAAGAGUCUCGUGGUGAAGCAUCUGAAUCUUGAGGAGUUGACGGUGGGUGGGUUGAUGGAGUUGGUCAGAGAAGAGAUAAAGAAACAAUCUGGGUUUAAACCAUAUCGAACGUUGGUCUUAGAUACGAUGAAAUUAUAUACCGUAGCUCAUGGACACAAAACAACGAAUCUAAUCAUAAACUUGGAUCACGACGAAUGGAUAUUGGAUCCUACCAAAACACUCAGAGAGAUAGGUGCUCAGAACGAAACUGAGAUAUCAUUCUUCAAUAAAGAAUCAUAUGAUAAAUUCAAAGCUAACCCCGAGGUGAAAUGGGAUUAA